AUGUUCAUCGCGCGAUCAGAAUACGGUAAGCUCGCACCACACGUCUAUGCGUCGUCCAAGCUAACCUCUCUCCGCAGACCGUGGAAUCAAGUAUGGCCAUCCUGUAUCUCUGUUUGUUUUUCGCAGGAACGAUGUCUGACCGUCUUCGCCAGCACCUUCUCGCCCGAAGGUCGUUUGUUCCAGGUCGAAUACUCUCUUGAAGCUAUCAAGCUAGGUUCCACAGCAAUCGGCGUUGCUACGUCCGAAGGUGUGAUUCUCGGUGUCGAGAAGCGCGUUACGUCUACCCUCCUUGAAGCCUCGUCCGUUGAGAAGAUCGUCGAGAUCGACCACCACAUCGGCUGUGCCAUGUCCGGCCUGCAGGCCGAUGCGCGGUCCAUGAUCGAACAUGCACGUGUGGAGUGCCAGAACCACGCCUUCCACUUCGCUGAGCCGCUCCGCGUGGAGAGCUGUACGCAGGCAAUAUGCGACCUCGCCCUGCGGUUCGGAGAAGGUGCAGACGGGGAAGAGAGCGUCAUGAGCAGGCCAUUCGGUGUGGCUUUGUUGAUUGCAGGCUAUGAUGAGGACGGACCCCAACUGCACGUUCACCCGGAGACAAGAACACCGGAAAUAAUAGCUGACCAGUAUUUUCCUUGUGAUCUGCAGAUAUCACGCCGAACCCUCCGGGACAUUCUACCGAUACGACGCCAAAGCCAUCGGGUCCGGCAGCGAGGGCGCCCAGGCCGAGCUGCAGAACGAGUACCACCGCUCGAUGACCCUAGCCGAGGCCGAGACGCUCGUCCUGAAGACCCUGAAGCAGGUGAUGGAGGAGAAGCUCGAUUCGAAGAACGUCCAGUUGGCGAGUGUCACGAAGGAGAAGGGGUUCCGGAUCUACGACGAAGAGGAGAUGGCUCGGGCAGUCAGCACGUUGGGUGCUAA